AUGCCUCUUAAUGAUCUUGACUUUAAUUUUGGAAUACAACAAAAUAAUCUUCCCAGUAUUUCACCCACACCUUUAUCUGAACUCGAAAAGGCGGUAAUAGGUGUCGAAGCAACGGCAUACCUACAGCAUAUGGUCAACAAUGGACCUGCACAUGAGCCACUACUCACGGCAUUAGGUGGUGAUCCUAUCAGCUUAGAGUAUUACAUCGAGCUUGAGCUGGAUAAAUGGUCUGAAAACAAAAUCACACCACUUUUCGUCUUUGACGGUCAGUCAAUCAUUGGUAAAGACGAGAUGACUCUUAGAAACUCUCGCGCCGCGCUAUCGAAGACGCAACUUGCAUGGAAACUUUAUGGAGAUCAUCAGCCAAACGACGCAGUGAAAACAUUUGGCUCUUCAGAUGCAACUAGAAUACAUGAUCUAUAUCACAUCUUACAGAAGGUUUUGAUGAAGCGUGGCCUCCCAUUUCAAAUUGCUCCGUUCAGUGCUUGUGCCCAGCUUGUUUACCUUCUUGAUCUUGAGUUUUCCGGAAAAGGCUUCAUUGAUGGCAUAAUGGGAUCCAAGGAGAUUUUACUCUAUGAUAGAUCCCCAGAAGCAGUUAUAAUAUGUCCACCAACCACCAGUGAUUGGGAUUCUAAAUCUUUUCGUGGUAUUUUUCGGUAUGAGUUAAUGGAAAAGCUUGGUGUUAAUUCUGAAAUGCUUGAUGAUGCCCUUCUGAUGGCUGGAACAUCUUUCUUACCAACAUUUCCACCGCUUCGCAUAGAUGGCAUAAUUACACAACAACCAUUUACUCUCGUUGACGCUAUUAACCUACUUCGAACAUCAGAAAAGUCCAUAACCACAACUUGCGGACAAUUCUCCGAUAUUCUUGAAAAGAACGAUCCUAAGUGGCUCGAUAAAUUUCAAAAAGCAAAGAUUGGAAUUUUACAUGCGAUAAUUAUUCAACCUGACGGUCAGGUCAUCAGUCGUGAUUAUGCUAACCUAGCUUCUGAUAAUAACGACUAUCUAGGGCUACAGUUGCCACCAGAGCUUUAUUUCUACCUUUCAAAAGCGUUAAUUGGCCCUAGGAUACUUAACUACUUCAUUUCGUUAGAAUCUAUCAUAUUCCCUACCCUUGAUGGGGUAGCGUCAGACGAGUACAAAAAACUGGUCACAAAAUCUCUCAUACCGCUCAGGGAAGCCGCAGCUGCUCUAGUGGCAUUCCGUAUUCACAGGGUUUUUCAAAAUAAACCCGUAACUAUGCGAUUUUGGUUUGACAGUAGUCUAAGACAAACAUUAGUACACAAAGGCAUGUUAGAGCAAGUAAAUGGAAAAGCAGAUACUUGGGGUGUAAGGAACGAGAAGCUUGAAACGUGGCAAAACCUACUCCAGAUAGAACCAGUUUCUUUAUCAUUUGCUGUACUUUCGCUCGCAAUGAACGGAAUUCCGGCUCAAACAAGAGCUUCUACGAAGAUCGUGGGGCUAAAGACUAAAUCGGAAAUUCUGUCCAACACGUUAUAUCGUUUUCUACACCUGCGAGGCUAUGCAAACGAUCAACACGAGCUAACAUCUUGGGGAAAAGCUCUAGCAACCACCAUCAAAAAUAUACAACCAAUCAUUAAAAGACAGAACGAUAUCUAUCAUGCUGAGGAAGCAGCGCUCUUGGCAUUUGAGAUGAUUCGCUUCAAUGUACUAAAUUCUCAGAAUCGACAUCCAGAACUCAUAGGAGGGGCUCUAAGGGGCUCUGAAGAGGACAAAGCCAACUGCAUGCUGGUUGGUCGCACAAUAUGCUUGCUAAAAUUCCGUCAUAAGAACCUUGGAUACACGGGACCUCUAAGCAAGAAUUUCCUUGCAUUUAAUUCUCUUGUCAAAUCUGUUCAAGAAACAGAUAGAGAUAUCUUAGAAUCUGUUAUUGUUUCUAUGUUCUUGAGUAACCAAGUUUCUCGCUUCGAAAACCAUAAUUACGGUGAUCUCGGGAGAAGUCUUCCAUUUACUGAAUCGAUUAACACUAUUUUUGGUAUAGCUGUCACCACGUACCUUGAUGACUACUUUAAAUCCGAAUGGACCCCGGAUCAACGUGAACAUAAUAAGCAAAGCUUCGCAGAAAAAUUCAUCCCAAACUCGAUAAUGUUUUCUGAAGAUUUAGCGGCAUCCUUCGAAUUCUUUGAUGCUGUUUAUGCUGGGGUGAUCACUUUAGCUGAUGAAAUACCGGUGGCUGAUAAAGAAGCAUGGGAUCGAGCUAAUAAGUAUUUGAAAGAAAGACGGUGA